AUGGCAUUGUCCAUGGCCCACGAUCCUCAUUCUGAGGCUAUUGGAUACUCUUUCUCCCAGGCGAGCAGUGUCCCCGUUAAAGAGCAUUCUUUUUAUCCUUAUACCGACAACGGCGGUUCUACUCUCGGCAUCACAGGUUCGGAUUUUGCGAUUCUUGCGGGCGACACCCGUUCGGUUGCGGGUUACAACAUCAACUCUCGCUAUGUCCCCAAGGUCUUCAAGAUCGGUGGUGAUGCUGAGACGGGAGAAGGUGCUCGUAUUCUGCUCUCGGUGGUUGGUUUCGCCGCAGAUGGUCAAGCACUCAAGGAACGUCUGGAUGCGGUGGUGAAGAUGUACAAGUACCAGCAUGGAAAGCCCAUGUCAGUCCGAGCUUGUGCUCAACGCUUGUCGACAAUUCUCUACCAGAAGCGGUUCUUCCCCUAUUAUGUCCACGCUAUCCUCGCAGGAUUGGACGAGGAGGGCAAAGGAGCGCUGUACAGCUACGACCCAGUAGGCUCAUACGAAAGAGAACAAUGCCGAGCAGCUGGGUCAGCUGCGAGUUUGAUCAUGCCCUUCUUGGACAACCAAGUCAAUUUCAAGAACCAAUAUAUUCCUGGUAGCGGAGAAGGCCAUGCUUUAGAGCCUAAGAAGGCAGAACCGUUGCCGAGGGGAACAGUCGAACAACUUGUCCGGGACGCUUUCACCAGCGCUGUGGAGAGACACAUCGAGGUUGGAGAUGGCCUACAGAUGAUGGUGAUUACCGAGAGUGGGAUAGAAGAAAUCUUCAUCCCUUUGAAGAAAGAUUAA